AAUCCGUCGCAGGAUUAAGGAAAGGCGGGGCCUUGUUUACUACGUAUCAGGGAUAGUAGCGUCAAGUAGGAGGAGUAUUCAGCGGAUCACAAACAAGCCAUCGUUUGUACGGACUAGCCGGGAAACCACACCGAGAACAUGGAGAAAAAAUAUGAGGCAGCCCAAGGACCUGACGGAUACCCACCACAGAAUCCACCCCCUACGUACGGCCAGCAACAACCGGGCUACGGACCACCACAAGGCUAUGGACAACCUCAACCAGGUUACGGACAACCUCAACCAGGUUACGGACAACCACCACCGGGGUACGGACCACCCCAGCCAGGGUAUGGGCCGCCACCAGGCGCCGGCUGUCAAGAAACAGUGAUUGUCCAGCCUCAGAUGGGAACAUUUGUUGUCCAGCCGGUCGUCCGACCACCUGAUUACCUCAUCCUGUCCAUCGUAUCUUGCUUUUUCUGCUGGCCAAUGGCGAUCUGUGCCCUCAUCUCUUCAAAUAGCUCACGUAAUGCGUCAGACACCGGGGAUUUCGAACUGGCGAGGCAGAAAGGAGAGACGGCCAAGAAAGUGGCCAUCGGCGCAAUAAUCUUCGGCAUCAUCAUAAUCAUCGUCAUCGUCGUCCUGCGUGUCGUCGUGUUCAGCACGAGGACUUACCACUACUACGGAUAACACGACGCCUGUCAGCUCAACACUAAUCAACUGCUGGGGCCCAGUUUACAGAGCCUAGUGUUUCUCUUACACGUGUGCUGCUAAAUACAUUUACAAUGCUUAAAGGUCCUAUGUCAAAGUUGAAUCUACAAUAUUUCGUUAUUUUCACAUUUAUUUGUAAAAUAAAUAACUAAAAAUUAAUCAACCUCACCAUAAGUAACUCUGGAAUAAUAGUUUUAAAAAUUCUUGCACUGUACGACAUGAUGGUUUCCCAAGUAAAUUUUGGCUAAAUACGGCAUGGUCACCAUCUUUGUUUCUUUUGUUAGCUUUCUGCAAAGAAUUCUCGGUUAACUUAGUGUGAUGAAUAUGUACGCAUAAAAAGUGACGUCACUGUGACGCACUUUCAAGAUUUGUCUCUUAAUUAAUUUUUUUUUCUAAUGGUAAAUGGAAUUAUUUGUUUGUGAAGUUGUAUAGGUAUAUAGCUGAAGGUAUAAAUUUUAUGUUUCAAAGCAUUAAAGUAUUUUUGGCGGGAACCGUCUUUAUUGCAACUUUAACAUAGCGCCUUUAAACACGCGUACUUAGAAAACAACAACAGGAUUCAUAAAUUUGUUCCUUUUGUUUUUAAAAAAACCCCAACACAACUCUUAUCUGAGUGACUGUUGAGUAGAACAUUGAUAAUUAUAUACGUUUUUAAGGUAAUUUUUUAUCAUGAAAACCAAACAGAAAUGCCAGUUCUAUUAAAUUGUGAUACAGUUGUAUAUACAUAUAUUAUAUUAAUAUGGUGGCCGUUUACAGCUGAUGCGUUAAAAUGACGUUAUAUGACGUUAUAUGUAACGAUGUAUUCUUGUCAGACGUUGCCUUUUGUAAUAUAGUUUUUAUUUUUUCAAACAGUUUUGUGCACACACACGCAUAAUCAUAAGUAAGUAAUGUACAUAUAUAAACACUAGUAAAUACUAGUAUUUACAUACAUACAUGCAUGCACGCACGCACAC